AUGGCAGACAACAAACCCACUCUCCACCACAUGAACUGCUCCCAGUCCCAGCGUAUCCUCUGGCUCCUGGAAGAGCUCAACAUCGAAUACAACCUGAUCUCCCACGAGCGAAACUCGCCGAACCACCCCACCCGCCCCUACCACUCCCCACCAAGCCUCAUUGCCGCAGGCCAUUACGGCAAAUCUCCUCUCCUCAUCACAGGUGCCAAGGAUGGUUCUCGUCCCAUCCCCGAAUCGUCCGCUAUCGCCACGUACCUCAUUCGCACCUUUGACAGCGAAGACAAGUUUGGCCUGAAGAGCGGGGACUGGAUCCGUGACGAGAUCCUCACCUCUAUCGCUUCCACAACCUUCAAUCAUGUACAUAUACAGGCGCUGAUGUUUGAUUGGGGCGUUUUGAAGGCUGGAGACUCGGCAGGGAAUUUCCCGUCAUCCGGCAAGGCGUACUGGACUGUCUUGGCCGACCUGGAGUACGAAUUGAAGAAUGGUCCACAGGGCGGAUACUUUAUGGGAGAGCACCCGGGACGAGCUGACAUCCUGCUAGAGUUUCCAAUGAGCAUGGUGAAUCAGCGGAAUUGGGCUGAUCUGAAGGCUGAUUAUCCAUUGUUGGACGCUUGGUUAGAAAGAGUUUAUGCUAGGGAUGCUUGGAAGAGAGGCCUGGCGAAGGGAAAUGGGUACGAUUUGAGUAUGUUCCCAAAGAUUCCAGAGAGGAGAUGA